AUGAAGAAGAUUGCUCGGAGACAGCAGCAGCAACAGCAGCAACAGCAGGAACAGGAACAGCUGGGGGGGCCGAGGAGGGGCCCCAGCCGAGGGGGGAGGCAGAGCAAUGAGGACAGCGAGGAUGGCUCCAGUGUCCAUGGGAUGGAUGGACUGAUGGCCAGCUAUCCCACAAUACCUCGCCAGCAGCUCUUGACUCUGGACCAGAAUAUCUACGGCAACGAGACCUUCCGUCAUGGUCUCACCCCACCACAGCUGCCUGGGGACCACCUGCACCCCUACGACUCAGAGACGGUGUUCCACGACCUGGACAGCGACGGCAGCCUGGGUCACCUGGGAGACUGUCUCCUGGCAACCACAGAGUCGGGGCUCCUGCAGGCACGCGUGGGAAACCCCAUCGACCGGCUGUACUCCAUGCAGAGCUCUUACUUCACCUCGUGACGCCCGAGAGACCCCCAGCGCAGAGCAAACUCCACACGUCUGCCGCAGAGGAGCCCCGGAGACGUCAUCUGCACCUCGCCAGCCUGAAUACCCCACGGGGGCGACAGGUUCACGGGCAGAUCUCGUGUCGCGUAACGUGUGACAGAACCUGCCAGGCCUGCUCCUGGAGAUGUGCAGUCCGGUGAGGUUUAUAGGUGAUCCCAAAAUAACUUGACAUCUGAAGACUUUGCAGAUAAAGCUUGUUAGCUUUGACAAUUUCCAUAAUGAUCGAGAAUGUUCCUAUAGCUCAGCCCCCAGUGGCAAACACCCCGGACUGCGUUGCACCAGGAGCAGGCUUUGCUACCCCUGUGCUGUUGCCCAGGUUUUGGAUGCCUGACGUCCACUCAGGCUCAAGACAACACGCUCUCCGGCCAUAUUAUUAGGACCCCAGUGAAAUGGACAGGGACUGUGGGCGGCAGGCAAGACGCAGACUCCCGUUCCUUUCCUGGGCCCGCACGGCCGCCACAGCGCCACCCGGUGGAGAGGUAGAGGAGCUGGCGGGGUGUGCGGCCCCCCCACCCUGGCCACAGCCUCACCUAAAGGCGAUUCCAUCAGAAAAGUGGAAAUUGACAGGGAUGCAGCUGGUGACCCUAUCCCAGUCAAGAGGCCUUUCCCUGCUCACAGGCGCCCAACACAUUGUGCAGAGGGGGUGCCUAAUAUUUUGGCCAGAGGGGGUUAGCAGGUGACUCACACUGGUCUGCUCCUCUCAGUUUGUUUUGGCUAGGGGCCUCUUGGGGACAGGGAGCACAGGGUUGGGAAGGGAGUUCAAAAUGAGAAUUGUUUUUGGUGAAGUUUACUCUUAAUUUGUCCAUAAUGUGUAAAUACCCUGGCCAAUGUUUUCUCUCCUGUCAUCUCAGAAAGUGUUAGCAUCCUUACAUGACUUGAAUCCAUUCUUCUUUGUAUUUUUAUUAUUUUUUAAUUGCAAAGCUAAAACUAGUUACAGUACUGGAGAAUAAUGAUCUUACACUAAGAGAUAGGAUAGUAUUGCUAAUUCUGUAGUUGUUACCCUUUUUUGGGGUGUGUUGCGAUAAUGUAGUUUCUGGGACAAAGGUGCAGACAGGUGAAUUCAGACUGUACAGUCUGUACAGUAGGUAAUCUCACAGACAGCUCUGAAUUCACACACUGACAUACACUGAGACGCAGAUGACUGGGCUGUAGACACUGCUGUCCCUCUCCUCUCACACUCCCCCUGAAUUCACACACUGACACACACCUGACUGGACUGGAGACA